AUGAUUGCUGAAGAGCGUGAUGGAAUGUGUCUUUCAACUGAAUAUAAAGAUAAUAGAACUCCAUUAAUGUGGCGUUGUUCUAAGAACCAUGUAUGGAGUGCUCCACUUUCUAGAAUUAAAAAUUUAGGACAAUGGUGUCCGCAAUGUGCAGGUAAUAUGAAACUUACUCUUGAGGUCACUAAACAAAUUGCACUAUUAAGGGGUGGAGAAUGUCUAUCGGAAAGGUAUGUUAAUCAACGAUUGCCAUUACUAUGGCGUUGCAUUAAAGGUCAUAUAUGGAAUGCAUCUUUUAAUAACAUAAAAAAUCAUGGCAAAUGGUGUCCACAUUGUGCAGGAAAUGCCCGUCUUACUCUUGAAGAUGCUAAGCAAAUCGCGCUUAGCCGAAAUGGUAAAUGUCUUUCAACUUCAUAUAGUAAUUCUAAAAUUCCGAUGACGUGGAAAUGCCAUCAAGGUCAUAUUUGGAGCAGUCCGUUUCAUAACAUUAAAAAUUCUGGUUCAUGGUGCCCAUAUUGUGCGGGUAUUGCAAAACUAACCCUUGAGGAUGCAAAGGAAAUUGCACUAUCUAGGAGUGGGGAAUGCCUUUCGAUUGAAAAACAAUGGUGUCCAUUUUGCAUUGGUCGUUAUCAAACAAUUGAGGAUAUGCGUAAACUCGCACAAGUAAAAAAUGGCGAUUGCCUUUCAGAUCAAUACUAUAACUCACGUACCAAGCUAGAAUGGAUUUGUGAGAAUAAACAUCAAUGGAAAGCUAUUCCUAAUAGUAUUCAACAAGGAACUUGGUGUCCAUUCUGCCCAAAAUAUAAGAGAGAAAAGCUGUGUCAUGAGAUUUUAACAAAGUAUCUUGGUGCCCCUUCACUAAUCCGCAGACCUGAUUUCUUAAAGACACAAGAAUAUCCAAAUGGACUAGAACUUGAUAUAUUUUAUCCGCAAUAUGGCUUCACAAUUGAAGUACAAGGCAUACAACACGAAAAAUAUCACGAAUUCUUUCACGGAGGGGAUCCCAAUAAUUUUAUCAAACAGCAAGCAUGGGAUCAACUCAAGAAAGAAUUAUGUGAAGAAAACUGGAUUGCUUUAAGGUAUGUUUGGUACUACGAAGACCCAUAUAUAGUUAUUCCGAAACAUCUUCUGGAAUUGGGUCUUAUUGAGUAA